UUUUUGGGUGUCACUAAUGUCAAAAUAUAAAGAUUUUACAAAUUCGGCAAUUAAAAUAUAUUCAAACAUGCCUAAUUAAAUUUUUCCACUGCUACAGAGAAAUUUAAUUGAUCAGUCAACAAAGUGCGUAGGGUCACAUCACUUAUUAUUGGUUAUAACAACAUAAAUGUUAGAAUAUUCUUACAUUGAUGUCAUCACCCAUAAUAGAAUUUUAUUAGUUAUUGCAGUAGAAGUGUAUGGAACCCUCCCACUUCCUAUUUACUAAAGAUACACCUUUUUUAUCUAUAUAAAUAAUUAACAAUGGUGUUUGAAAGUGUGUUAACAUACUUCCUAAACAAAUAUUUGGGACCCUUUGUGGAAAAUUUGGACACAAACCAGCUAAAUAUUGGAAUAUGGGGAGGAAACGUGGAAUUCAAAGAUCUCAUCUUAAAACAGAGCGUAUUGGAUGCUUUGGAUUUGCCUGUCCAAACUGUCUUUGGAAAAAUAGGUAAACUGGCUUUGAAAAUACCCUGGACAAAUUUAUAUGGGGCAGAGUUUUUAAUAACCUUGGAAGACAUUUAUUUACUUGCUCAACCAAAUUUGCAAGUUAAUUAUGACCCUAUUAAGGAAGGAAAAAAGGAAAUAGAGCUUAAACUUACUCAGUUAAUAAAUAUUGAAAAUGCCAAAAAGGCAGAGCAAGAAAAAGACAAACUUAAAACUGACUAUUCUUUUAUUGAGAAACUUUCAAUUCAAAUUGUAAAAAAUAUACAUUUAUCUAUCAAAAACAUCCACAUAAGAUAUGAAGACAAAAUCACUCGUCCAGAAAACCCCUUUGCUAUUGGGGUGACUUUAAAACAGCUAGAAGUAGUUUCUACUGAUGAAAAUUGGAAACAUUGCAUAUCACAAGGAGACAUUACAAAAAUAUUUAAAGUUUUGGAACUUGAAGCUCUUUCAAUUUACUGGAACACUAAUACCACUUCUUAUGGAGGCAUGACGGUGGAUGAAUUGUGUAAAAAGUUACCCACAGAAAUUGAGUCCAAGAAUAAUGUUACCAAAAAUAAAUUUGUUUUGGGACCCAUUAACGCACUAGCCCGUAUCAAAAUCAACCAGAAACCCGAAUUAGACAACCCUCCUUACUGCGAACCCAGUGUCCAACUAAAUUUUGACAUGCCCAAGUUGUUUGUCGGAGUGAGCAAAUCCCAGUACUUUGACAUUAUUGCAUUAGUCGAUUCUAUGAACUUGAUGUCCAGGGGAGUACCCUACAGAAAGUACAGACCGAAAGUGGAUAGCUACAAAGGGCACUCUAAAGAGUGGUGGAAAUUUGCGUACACUUGCGUCUUGGAGACGGAAGUUAAAAGGAAGAGAAAUAAUUGGGAUUGGAUGCAUAUUAAAACACAUAGGGAAUCUUGCAAGCAGUACAAGGAGGUAUAUUUGAAAAAGUUACAAAAUAAAGCAACCUCAGCCGAAAUAAAAGCUUUGGAGAACUACGAAAAAUCGCUGGACGUAACUAAUAUUGUUAUAAUACGAAACCAAACCGAAAUGGAGCACGAGCGGUUUGGCAAGACAAAGAAAAAAUCUAGUUGGUUAGGUUGGAUGUGGGGUGGUGGCAGCACUGACACUGAACCAAAGAAUGACUUAAUGAAAAUGGUUAAAGAAGCCAUGACACCUGAGGAAAAAGAAAAAAUGUACAAAGCAAUUGGUUAUCAAGAAAAUGCUGUUCCAACUAGUUUCCCAAAAGAAUAUAUACAACAUUCAUUAGUUUUUGUAUUAAGAAGCUUAGAAGUAACGUUGUUUGACGACAGUCAAGCUGCAUUGACCAAAGUUUUACACACGGAAUUAACAGGUGUUAAGACUAAGUUGGAAACUAGACCUUCAGGAAAUGGUCUUAAGCUUGGAGUGAAAAUAGACAACUUUACUACAUAUGGUAUACCACAAGAUGAGAACUAUAUUCCUGAACUUAUAUCAUCGGACAUACAAGAAACUGGGCUUUUAGAGUUUAGUUUUGAGCAAAAUCCUUUAAACUCUAAUUAUGAUAAACGCAUUAUCUUGAUUGCACAACCUCUUAGAGUUGUCUAUGAUGCCCAAACUAUCAUAAGUAUAGCGAGUAUUUUUGCGGUACCCAAAAAUUCAACAAUUGACGAAGUUGCAGCGGCUGCUGGUGCAAAAAUUAAUGACAUGAGUCAAAAAACCGCUACUGGACUUCAGUACGCCAUCCAGCAACAAAUCCAAGUGGACUUGAAUUUGGACUUUAAGGCUCCAUACAUUAUAAUACCGUAUAAUGGUAAAUUUACCGGCGACGAAAACGUUUUGGUAAUAAACUUGGGUAACAUUAAAAUGUACUCAGUACCAAGGGAAAUGUCAAAUUUUGACGUUAAACAAAUGCACUCUAUGGGAAGCACCCAAACCGAUAUCAUUAAAAAAAUUACCGAAAAUGCCUAUGAUGAAUUUAGACUUGAAUUGGCUGACGUCCAAGUUCUUGUCGCUCAAAGCGAUGAAAAUUGGAAACAAUGUAUUCUUGAUUCCAGAAUAAGUCAGAUGCAUAUGCUACAUCCAGUUAGUUUAAAUAUAACGCUAUCAAAGUCGCUUAUUACUGAUGAUCCUAGGAUGCCAUUAUACAAGUUCUCAGGGAAACUGCCUUCUAUCGACGUUAAGGUGUCUGAUUCUAGGAUCCUUCUAGUUAUGGCCUUAGUUGCCAGCAUACCAUUGCCUAAUACUGAUGAACCUACAAAGGAAAUGAUUAGAUCUUUCAGUAGUAAGAGCUCUAUUAAUCUGAAGAAUACCAUAAGUGAAAUUAAUCCUGCUAACAAAAUUGUUCAAGAGAAAACUCAAAGUGGAACGGAAGUUGUACAACAAACAAUGCUUCUGGCAAGUUUUGAAAUAUCAGAGCUUUCUUUAACUGUGAAUCAACAAGAAACUUUAACGUCUCCCAUAACCGAAUUAGCAGUUUUAAGACUGCAAUCUCUUCAAGCAGGUUUUACUCAAAGAACCUUUGAUACUACAGUUACUUUACAGCUGAACAGUAUUAGUUUGCAACAAAAAAGAAAUAAUUCUGUAAUAGAUAUUGUGACGAAUAAAAUAGCUGCAAGCAGCGAAAGCAGCGCUCUAUUUAAUGUCACAUUUGUCCAAGCGGACAUUAAAUCACCUGAAUUCCAUUCUACCUAUAAAUCUUGUGAGCAAACUUUAAUCUUUGACUUUGGUAUCCUAGCAAUAACAUUGCAUCAAGAAGGUUUGCUAUCUCUAAUGGCUUUUGCGCAUGACCUUCAAUCCAUUAUGGAGGAAAAUAAAAAACCUGCUGACAGAGUUGCAUUUACUACUUCAAGAUCUCUGUCCGCUACCAAUUUGGUUCCAAGUGCAAUUUCGAAAAAAAUUAGAAAGAAAACUGUGGUACAAACUAUUAAGUUCAAAUUAUUGGCGAAGUUAAAUGAAUUGACUGUUAUUUUUGCGACCGAUUUAAGCGAAAUUUCAUCUUGUUCUUUAAGAGGAAUCGAUGCUGAAAUUAUUGUAAAGACUAGCUACACUCAGGUGAAGGCAAAGUUACAAGAACUUGCUGUUAUUGAUUUGAAUAGAGAUACUAAACAUAAUUUGAUUUUAAAUUCCAUAUCGGACGAAACACUCAGGGUUGAUUUGGUAAUGAAUAACAUGGACGUUAUGGGAGAUGACGCUUCCAACAUGAUUGUAAAGUGCAAUCUAGGAGCUAUUCGUAUUGUUUUUUUAAACCGAUUUGUUUCAAACAUGCUUGGAUUUUUAAACAACUUCCAAGCCGCACAGCAAUCUAUUAUAGAUGCUUCGAAGGCAGCAGCCGAUACGGCGAAAGAAAACAUGAAAAACGCUUACGAAAAAGCUGUUAAAAUCGAACUUAAUGUCUCCAUUAAAGCUCCCAUUAUUAUUGUACCUGUAAACUCUUCAAGUAUGGAAGCGUUAUACAUAGAUUUAGGAAAAUUACAUCUGUCCAACAGGUUUAUUACGUUGGACGAUAAAAACGAUAAAGGCCACAACGCAGUCGUUGACGAGCUUAGUGCGCAACUCAGCGAACUUAAGAUAUCCACGGUUACUCUGGGUACUAGGUUCGAGAAUGUGGUUGAGAAUACAGUUUUAAAGCCCCUAACUACCACGGUUUGGAUUAAAAGAAAUCUAUCUACUGCCUGGCAUACCACUAUUCCAGAUAUUAACAUUACUGUGCACAUAAAAACUAUAGAUGUGAACCUUAACGAUUUGGACUAUGACUUGGCAAUGAGCAUUUUAAGCGGUAACUUGGCUGAAGGCACUCAAAUACCUGCUGCUCACGUGGAUGUCAAAGAAGAAGAGUCCAAACAGAUCUCUGAAUCUACUUUGGAAGUUAAAGAACCUGAGCAGAAAGUACACAUUUUUUUGAAAUUUGGCUUUACUAUGGAUACAUUUAAUAUUAAUUUGUCCAGCACCCAACCAAAAUCAGGGAGCGAUUCUUCCAUUUGCAGUGGUCUAGGAAAUUUCAGUUUGAAGGGACUUUCGAUGAAAGGCAGAAUUUUAACCGACCAAAGCAUCGUUGCCAGCGUACUUCUGGUCGACUGCCAGGUAACCGAUAUCCGUCCAGGCCGAGAAGGAAAAUUAAACAGACUGAUCGAAAGAUCGAUGGAUCCUUUGGCCAGCGAAACAUCGCUACAAAAUCCGUGUUCGAAGAGUAUGAUCGAUUUUACUUUUCAAAAGAAGGGUAACGAUAUGUUUGUUGACUUGAAAAUCUUUAGCAUAACGAUGAUUCUAUCCAUUGACUAUAUCAUGCAAUUGGCGGAGUUCUUUAAACCCCCAGAGGCAGUACCAGCUGAUCAACCAAUGAUAACAAGUUCUAAAAAUUUACCACCUAAAAUCGAAAGUAUAGGAAAAAUCAAAAGUGGCACACAAACAACAAUCGAUAGCCAACUUACUAUUAAUUUUAAGCUUGAAAAACCUGAUAUUAUUUUAGUAGAAAAUAUGGAUAGUAUUGAUACACAAGCAAUUAUUUUGAACAGUGAGUGUAAUUUUAAAGUCCGCCUUAUGGGCAAACACCAGGUUAUAUCGGGCGCAAUUAACGAUUUGUCUGUUUACACAUGCAAUUAUAAUCCCGAAAAACGUUUAAAAUCUAAGAAAAACAUACUUCAUCCUUUGACAAUAAGCUUGGCAGGUUCCACACCAGAAAAUAAAGGAUUACAUUUAGAAUUAAUUGUAACUGCUGUUCAACUAAGCGUCUCUCCUGCAAUCAUACAACUAUUAUCAAUGGUUAUAAACACUGCCACAUCUAAAACAACUGAUACUGACAUUGAACAAGAACAUAGUUAUGCUUUAACAAAUUUGUGGGAUGAGAAAACCUACAAUGAAAAUGACCAUUGGUUUUUAAAACCAGAUGCAGCAUCGGAAGCUUCAGAAGAAAUAGUGAUGACUGAGUCCAGUGCAGUACUAGAAGAAGUUUGUAUUAUAACUGUUACAUCAAUUUCUUUCACUCUAGAGGCUGGUGUUGGUACCAAGACUUUACCAAUGAUAUUGUUGGAAACCAGUCUACGCGGUAAAGCUAGAAAUUGGAGCUCACAGUUAUCAGUUGAAUGUGCUAUGACUCUUGAAGUGGGAUACUACAACAGCAAUUUGGCUCUAUGGGAACCUUUAGUUGAACCUAUAACUAACAUCCUUGAUGAUGAAGACAUUUUAAGCGCAACAAGCAGCGAAGACGUCCAACAAACAGAAAAAACGAACUCCGUAAUAAAUAUUGACAUAAAAUCCGCAUCCAGCCUGGAACUUUGCGUCACAAAGACCUGUUUGAAUGUUCUCUCCACCUUGGGAGAAGCCUUCUCCAACGCCAUAAAGCCCGAAGAAAGCGAAACUAAGCAAGACGUUAUUGAAGCUGACGCUCCGUUUAAAAUUGUGAACGAAACCGGUUUGGCUUUGACGUUACUGUUGGAGAAAGGGCCGUUCCAGUUGUACAGCGAAUCUUUAAACGAAACGGAAAAUUUAAGUGCUGUUAUAUUGGAGAAUGCUGCUACUGUGUAUUUGCAUAUUGCGCAAUCUCAGCCAUCUUUUACCGAAAUCAAGUUGACGCAGUACUAUGAAGAAGAUAUGACACCUGAAGAUUACAUUCUCAAUUUGUACGUGAACAAUAUGAACUCCGAACUUUCCCUCCCUGUUUUAAGAGCAGAAAAACGCUUUUUUAUGCUGAACUACCGCAAUGGUACAAACGAUAACUGGGGAAUAAUAUCGGAAGUCAUCAUAGAUAGAGGUGUAACUGUUGUUACAUUGCGCAGCAUUCUUACGAUCUAUAAUCACUUUACAAACCCAAUUGAAGUCUACUAUAUGACAGACAAGGGCAAUGAAUUAAAAAUGCUGUCCACCGUAAAACCCAAUGCGCAUUACAACGUGCCUCUUAAUGCUGUUUAUACCCAAACAAACGAAUUGUUCUUCGCGGUGAAAGACUUUGCUGUGUCCAGUACUCCUUAUGUGUGGAAAGAGUUGCAGACCAAUCUGACAGUUACAAAGUUGUUGCAAUGCGCGCCUAGAGCGGAGGAGGUCGGUACAGAGCCCUAUGUUAUUAAAGCCAUAGGAGAAAUGGAACAAGUUUAUUACGAACGCACUACAAGGCAUACAAUGGCGAGCACAUGCUAUAACAUUCAUUUAAGGCCUGUAAUAACUAUCAUGAAUUCUUUACCAAUAGACAUUAUUCUUGGUAUCGAACAAAGAUCCGAAGAAUUUACUAUAAAACCGGGCGACACAUUCAAUUUACGCUACGCGUUGCCUGGAAAAACUGCGAUAAUCGUCAGGCUGCCAAGUUAUUUGGAGAAAGAGUGGGUGUGCAGGUCCGAGCUGACCGAUAACUACCAAGAAUUUGCAGUGUGGUCGUUUUGUAGUUUCGAUAGCGAAAGAAAAGUCGUUUUAGACUUGGGUGUGUACUCCACCAAUAUAAACGGAUCACAAAGAAUUCAACUAUAUUGCCCGUUCUGGAUGCUGAACAAAACUGGGCUUAUGCUUGGAUAUGUGAACAAUGACGAAUUAAAUGUCAUGCAUCAUCCACCAUCCUUUAAAGGUCCGAUUCUGUUUUCGUUUAACGCAAAAAAUUUCUUUGGAAAAAAGAAAGCCGCAAUUUGCGUUGAUCAAGGUAAAUGGUCUGACAAAUUUUCAUUGGAUGUUGCCGGUUCUUCCGGUACGGUGACUUGCGAAGCCAACGAUAGAAAAUACCAGAUUGGUGUUCAUAAUCAACUUACCUACAGUGGUCUUACUAAGCAAAUAACAUUUACCCCGUAUUACGUAAUAAUAAAUAGUGCCGAUUACGCCAUCGACUGUCAAGAAUUCGAUAGACCUGCGGAUCCAUGGAAAUCCGUGGAACCAAAAUCGUGCAUCGCUUUUUGGCCAAAAAGCGAGAAGGAGGACAAGUGCCUUAGAAUAAGAGUAAACGGCACCGACGAGUUGUCGGAACAUUUCUUGUACACUGAAAGUCAUACCACGUUACUAAGACUUAAAAAUAACUUUGGGGGCGUAAGUGUGGAUGUCCAGCUAACAGAGGGCGCUGUUUAUGUUAAUUUAGCGCCCUAUGAGGAUGGUAUGGCGCCCGCCUUGAUUGUCAACCAUACUGAUCAAAACAUUGAGGUUUGGGAAAAGGAGCACAUUCAAAAAUGGGUUUUACCACCAAGAAACUGCAUGUACUAUACCUGGUUAAAUCCGUCUGGACCCAGACAACUGGUUUGGGAGAAAAACUCUAAAAAAGAAAUAGAAGACGAUCUUAGAAAAGACGGUAUCGGGGAAAUCACCGGCCAAAAUGACGUUGCUAUGUUUUGGGUAUCAUUUUUGGACGGCAUGCAAAGGGUUUUACUUUUUACCGACGACAAAUCGGUAGCGGAACAAGCGCAGUCCUCCAGCAUGAUGGAGAUAAUACAGAAAGAAAUAACGGUAUCGAUCCAAGGCAUAGGUUUAUCGUUAAUAAACAAUUUAACCCGAAAGGAAGUGAUGUAUGUUGCGGUGGCUAGUUCGGGUAUUAUUUGGGAGCACUGCAAGGUUAAGUAUAAGAGAUACAAGCAGUACCCCGAGAAAGAAAGCAAUUUAUUAGAGCAGGCUUAUCAAAACUACCUUAGGGCAGGUCAAAAAGACAAAAUAUUUAUUCAUGAUAAAUAUCAAGUGGACUUUGAGAAGUUUGAGAUCUUUAAACCAAAUCACAGGUUGAUUAAAAGAAGCUUCCAAACCGGCCUGUGGUUGAACUUAAAGACCAGCCCUAAUCAGAUGCAGUUGCACGCUAAAGUCAAUAGAAUUCAGAUCGAUAAUCAAAUGUUCGAUUGCAUUUUCCCUGUAAUUUUAGCUCCUGUACCACCACCAAAAAGUGUUGUGGUAGAUAAUUGCAUUAAACCUUUCAUUGAAAUUAGUAUAGUACAAUUAUUAAUGAAAAACAGUCAAAUCAAACAGUACAAAUAUUUUAAGGUCUUAGUACAAGAGUUCCAUGUCAAAUUUGAAAUGGGACUUCUCGUAGCCAUAAUGGACUUGGUUGAACCCAAAAAGAAAACUCCAGAAGAAGAGAAACAAUAUUUCUUAAACGACGUAAAUUUGGUAAAUGAAGAUCUAUACUCUCACGCUGCUUUACAAUCUCAACAAGAACAGAAGAGUUUUUAUGAUUUGCUACAUUUUUCACCACUAAAAAUUCACUUGAGUUUUUCAUUGCAAGGUGGAGAGUCACUUAAUUCUGACAACUUUAUCAACCUAUUGCUACAAGGUGUAGGAGUUACACUAACAGAAAUGAACGAUGUUGUAUUCAAACUGAAGAAUUGCACAGUGGGGCAGACAAUCGACUUGCAGCGGUUCCCGAAUUUUCAGCAAGGUAAGUUUCAGCAGACAAGGCCCGACCCGGCGACACAUGUGCAGGAACAAUCCUACUUGCACAGUCAUACAGAAUUAGUACAAAAUGACAAAAUUGUAUGUAUAGUAUAA